AUGGCGCCCCAAGGCGAGGAUGCGUACUGCACGCUCGUCAUGAGCGACUCAUACAUGCCAGGUGCCGCCGUACUUGCGCAUUCGCUCCGCGAUGGUGGUACGACGAGGAAACUCGCCGCUCUCAUCACGCUAGAUACGCUGUCUGCAGACUCGGUUUCGGAGCUCAAGAAACUUUACGACUAUGUGAUUCCUGUGCCGCGCGUAGGCAACCCGAAGCCUGCCAAUCUUUACCUCAUGGAUCGCGGUGACCUCGCCUACACCUUCACCAAGAUCGCGCUCUGGCGCCAGCUCCAGUUCCGCAAGCUGGUUUACAUCGACGCUGACGUAGUUGCCCUGCGGGCUCCCGACGAGCUCUUCGACCUCGAGGCGCCCUUCGCCGCCGCCCCCGACAGUGGAUGGCCGGACUGCUUCAACAGUGGGGUGAUGGUCCUGAGCCCCAACAUGGGAGACUACUGGGCAUUGCAGACUCUGGCUACAAGUGGAGACAGUUUUGACGGUGCAGACCAGGGCCUGCUCAACCAAUACUAUGAGCACAGGGGCUGGCACAGGCUCAGCUUCUUGUACAAUUGUACCCCGAACGCCCAGUACCAGUGGGAGCCAGCGUUCCGACACUACAAGAGCAAGCUCAGUCUGGUACACUUCAUUGGCAAGAACAAGCCAUGGACCAGGGACUCCCGGUAUGGAGGCGGCGCUGGUGUCUACAGCGAGCUCUCUGCGCGGUGGUGGGCUGUCUACGACAGGCAUCUCAGAGAGAAGGCAGAACAAGUGGACGCCGAAAGGGUGCUCCAAGCCGCCCCCAACACGAUACAGCAAGCUACCCCGGCUCAGACUGCAGAGACGGCUGUAGCUUCGCUUACCGAGCCUGCCCAGCAUGCUGUGCAACCCGCGCACCCCGCACAGUCUGCUGAGCAUCCUUCCCCUCCUCAUCCGGAGCCAGAGCCGGAGAGGAGGUUUUCACCGCCCCACAUGGAGUGGGAUGCUACCCGUGCCGCCCCUCCAGUAGAGUCGCGGCCCGAAGCUGCAAACUUCCCCACGGAGACUUAUACAUUUAGCGAGGACCGACAGCUCUUCCAAGCCCCAGCUACGUACCCGGAGCCUCCGAAGAACAUGUGGUAUGAUGUGCCAGAGUCGAAGCCUACUCCACGAGUAGUGCCGAAAGCGAUCUUUCCUUGGGAACAGGAGCGUGAAAGGCCGAAACCCACUCGAGUGUUCGCGGAAGACCUUCCGUCGCCUCAGCCAGAGCCACAGGUUGCCGCUUCCGCAGAGAAUGUUCCAGCGCCCCCGUCUGAGAGAGAAGACUUAACUUCAAAGGGUUCUGCUUCGCCUGCCACACCGAAGACUCCUGAAGAUCCCUGGCAGAGCUUUGGACAAAGCAGCGCCAAUGCUUGGGAUAGCGUUCCUGGAAUUGAGAAAUACGUUCGCGCCGUAAUGGGCGCUCAGACGAAGAAGGCUAAGCCUGCUAGCAUCUCCCUCGAAGGCUUAGCCAAGCCCAUUGACCUUUUAUCGCCCACGGGAGAUGGCGCCAGUGGGCGCCGUGAAAGCCUGAUCUUGACUGACUUCCCCAGUGCAGUUGAGAGGCCUAGUCUUCCUGUAACGCCCGCGCCCGUUCGACGACCGACGUUUUGGGGAGGCGAACGAGAUGAGACCGGCGAGCUGCCAGCCGCUGAAGGGGUACCAUCGCAAGCUGAAUGGGUCUUGGCUGCAACAUCAGUUGCUUUGAGUGCACCUGCCGUCACCACUUCCGCCCCGGAAUUGCCUACGCAUCUCGCACCGGUCAAGUCUGCCAAGGAUGUCAAGAACGAACGAGGAGACGAUAAUCCCGAAGAAAGACUUGAGACGCUCCGUCGCUCGUCCCUUCUCGAACUCGAGCAUCUCAGGCGAGCUUCCGCCUCGAACGCCCCUAAGCGGGAGCUGCCGGAACAUUCGGUCCCUCGUCCCCAUCACGAUGCUCAGCAUCAUAGCCUUCCUUCUUCGGGCAGCGGAAGCCCCCGUGGACUGGAUAAGACCCGAAAAGACAAUGGAGCUGGAGGCGUCAGCCAAGCCCAGGAAACGGCCACGGCGGCGUCGACCGCUCCAAAACCAGAGGUUGCAAGCGCUACAACGGAGACGGCGAAGGCGCUAUUCUCGGAGCCGGAUUUUGGCGACCCUCCCGCAGCCGAAGAGGCAGAGACGUCUGAGAAAAAGGCGGAGGUUAAGGAGGCUAUUUUGAGCCCGACUGAACAUCCCUGA